UACCAGCUGCAAUUAGCAGCGUGAUGCCACAGGCGUUGACAAAUUCCUGCACUGUUGACAGCAAGGUAUCACAUUUGCACAACAAAAUUGGCUGGUGAUUGGCUGGCAACAGGUCCAGCGUGUAAAUAACAGGGUGACAGCAACAAACUGAUAUUUCCAGAUUUCUCCAAACAGCACCCUGACUAAUUGGGUCUGAUGUCAAUGUAUAGUUACACCAUAGAGACAAAACCCAUAUUGGGUUACUAAAUGAUUAAUCGAUGGCCUCCUUGGCACACUAUGACCGUUGACCUAAUUCCAGGUGACCUGUGUGUGUCACCACUGGGCUGCGGAAUGCUGAGUUUCUUUACCAGGGGUGUGUCUGCUGCAGCUCUGAUAGGAGCAGAUAGCAGGCCCUGCGACACACAUACGCACAUUGUGACGUGUUUGUCAGUAAGGGGGAAAAAAAGAGAAUACAAUUAGUGAAAGCAACUUCCAGGAAGUAGUCACACAGAGCCGCCAAAAUGAUAGAUUGUGGAAUGUGCUGUGAAAAAAUAUCCAAGAUUAUCCAAUCAUACUUAUUUUUGUUUGGUGUUGUGCCGUGAGAUUUUAAUACUGCAAAAAUAUGCAUACUUUUUCCAUCAUUGUGACCCCUUUAAGUACACGAUGCUGGCACUAGAGGUCAGCAAAGAGCCCCAUACAAACAGCCAUGGGUCAUUCCAGAAUUAAGAGGACAUUUUCUACUCGACUCACCCCCUAAACGGAUUUUUUUUCUCUUAUCGCUCCCUCUUGAGGACCAACACAUAACAAAUAUAUCAGAAAAAAUAAGAUUGAUAUCAGCUUUUUUUUUUUUUUUGGUAUGAUUUUAUGUCUUCCUUGUAAUUGUGAAAAAUAUUUUAUUUAUCAGACAUAUUUUAAAUAGUAGAAAAUGUCCCAUGACACUAAAACCUUUUUAGCCAUCUAGAGGAAGAGGAAAAAAGAAAGUGGAUUACAUGACUCAGCAGAAAAGACAUCAUCAAGCUAACUGCCCUGACCAUGAGUAGAGCUAAGCGAAGUCCUCUUUUCUAUUUUUAAGUGUAUCACUCAAACCAAUGCAACCUUGUUACUCAUAUUUUUCAGUAAAAUACAUUAUUAUUAUGAUAUAUUUUUUUAAAUCAUACAGAUAGCAUAACAGUUACCACGUCUAACUUGUACUCAUGAGCAAUGCUCAUAAGCAUUGUUUUGCAACACUGUUACAGGUACUUGCAACCCUGUUACUGUAGUAUAUGAGUAAUACUAAAAUUAGGAGGGAGGGGGAUCGGUAUUUGGGGGGCUAAGACAAUGGAACUUCUCCAUUAACAUAUACUACCAAAUAAUUUUAGGGGGGUGUUUCAGCCCCCCCUAAAAUAGGCCUAGCGAUGCCACUCGGCUACUACGAGACUUUUUGUUUUCAUGACCAGAAUACACUGUAUAAAUAUAAUGUUAAUCUUUUUUAAUCCAAAUACGCGAUAUAACCAUUAAUUGAAUCCCAAAUGAACCUACUUUUACAUCUUGUGCAACUUCAGUAGCAUAUUUCCCCCUCAGAAUUUUGGGUGAAUUUAUAAAAACUUUGUGUGGGGCGGUCAUCUGCCUCUCCCAAGCGGCUCGCAGUCGCACGCAUAUUUAAAAACUAGAAAUGUGAAAACUACAAUAUGUGAUUUCUUGACACGAAGAGAUAUGAACCAUAUAUCCUGUAGGUGAAACAAUUUAGCAAUUGAUUCAUAAUACACUGCCGUGGAUGGUUUACUUCCUCAGUAUUCAAUUUGUUGGAGUCUCUGCAUGCAACCUCACUUUCAUUAUUUAUUAUUGUCACAUCAAUUUUGUGGCAUAAUUACAGCACUCACCAAAGCGCCAUGCACCGCUCCUUUAUCACAGGCAUGCAAGCGGCAGGAGGCUGGGGAAAGCGAGACGUGUCGUUGCUUAUCCUGGAGAAUCACAGUGGGAAGCAUAGGAAAUGGAUUAUGAGGAUGCAACCGCCGUGGAUCGAUAGCAUGCAUGCAAUUUAUGCUGCAUAUGUAGGAAAAUAUGACAUCAUCACUGCCACUACUGUAUAUGGUCAGGGGUGGGAAGCAACUAGUACAAAUAUUUGUGACUGUACUUAAAUUCUUCAGGUAUCUCUUGCUUAUUUGAUGACUUUUUUACAUUUAUUCCCUACUUUUGAAAGCAAAUAUUCAGUAGUGCCUUGAGAUACGAGCGAUCCGACUUACGGGUUUUGGGGAGAUGCGAGCUGUCGUUCGGCUGAUUUUUAUGUUUUUGAAUUGGGGGCAUCAAUUUGGGAUAAGAGGGCUGUAUGAUAUCAAUUCUUCAAAAAAAGAAACUUCAAGCUCCCAGUUGAAAUUUACUGUGAAACUAAACAGAAAACAAAAAGUAUGACGCAUUGUGUAUUUAAAACAACCACAUAACUUUGCCUUUGUCUUAAUGCUAACACAUAAUGGGAAACCCCACAGACGGGCUAACGAAUAGCAUGUACUGCAUGUGGCGGUGUUACGACGGUUUAAAGUCCCUGUAAAGUGAAACUGAAAUGUCUUUUAAGUUUGACACACCGCAGAGAAGUGUUGUUAACAAGCAUGCCAAAUUUGAAUGAUUAAGAAAAUUGCCAAGUUUAUAAAAUUGGGAAAAAUAAAGAUGUCCUCUCAUGUCUCAGAAGCUGUGGCCGUGUCCUCUGAAUGCGCUGAAAACGCCCCACGCAACUUUCACCUGUCAAUCACGUUAACGUGUAACGUUUAACGUUUGUCAUUUUUUGCUGUUUAUGUUGUUUGGUAGCAGUUUGCGGAGUAUUUUUUUUCUAGCGAGGAAACGAUUCAGGUGGUUCGAGACAGUGCCAGUUGGAACUGGAAUGAGAGAAGUUAGAUUUGUUGUCAUGUAUGUGUGAUAAUAUUGCUACUGACUGGCAUGGGCGUUUGUUGCCCAUUUUGGGGCUAAAAUGAAAAAAACUCUGAUCACCCCUGAUUUGAGAUGCAAACGUUUUAUGUUACGAGCGUGGUCACCGAGCGAACUCCUAUCAAGAAAAUGAAUACUCGGGAAAAGGGACCUGAAAAAUGUACUCGAGUAAUUGUACUUGGUUACUGCGCACUCUGCAGGCUUUCCAGGCAAUUGGUUUCCAUUGGUUGAUUGAGCAUUACGCAUGAGUAAAGGGAUGCACGUGGGGACUACGUAUAUGCUGUAUCUCCCCGUUGGAGGAGAAAAGGUCAGUGUGAGCGCUGCGUCAAGACGCACGACGCUUUUUGGGGCUGCGUGAGGAGAUGACAGCUCUCUUUUAACUACUUUUUGCACGCGUGUGGGUGGGUGGAGGGGCUAGUUUUCGCUUUGUGCGUGUCGGAUUACAAUGUCCGGGGAAUCGGUAGAGGAGGGCUCGGCGUGGAGCGCCAACGCCAACCGCUCCUGCGACCCCGACCUGCACGCCGCCGGCUGCGGGUCCGAACCGGGCUCGGACGGCGCCGCGGCGGUGCGCAUCGUCAUCUCGGCGGUGUACGCGCUGGUGUGCGCGCUGGGCCUGGUGGGCAACCUGCUGGUGCUCUACCUGAUGAAGAGCAAGCACGCGUGGAAGAAGUCCUCCAUCAACCUGUUCGUCACCAGCCUGGCGCUCACCGACUUCCAGUUCGUGCUGACGCUGCCCUUCUGGGCGGUGGAGAACGCGCUGGACUUCACGUGGCUCUUCGGGCGCGUCAUGUGCAAGACGGUGUCCUACGUGACGGCCAUGAACAUGUACGCCAGCGUCUUCUUUCUGACCGCCAUGAGCGUGGCGCGCUACACUUCCCUGGCGUCGGCGCUGCACGGCCGCCGCCGCCGCGGGGGUCGCCCGCUGCGGCGCUGGGGUGCCGCGCGCUGCGUGGCCGCCUCCAUCUGGCUGGCGGCCGCCUGCGCCGCGCUCCCGCACGCCGUCUUCUCCACCACGGUGCGCGUGUCCGGCGAGGAGGAUCUGUGCUUGGUUAAGUUCCCGGAGAGCGAAGGCACCAGCGCGCAGCUCUGGUUGGGACUCUACCACGCGCAGAAGGUUCUCCUGGGCUUCGUGGCUCCUCUCGCCAUCAUCUCCGCGUGCUACCUGCUCCUCUUACGCUUCGUGGCGGCCGGCGACGACGCCAACGCGCCGAGCGCAAAGAGGCGCGCCAAGGUGACCAAAUCGGUCACCAUCGUGGUGCUCUCCUUCUUCUUGUGCUGGCUGCCCAACCAGGCUCUGACGGCGUGGGGCAUCCUCAUCAAGCUCAACGUGGUGCACUUCACCUACGAGUAUUACACCACGCAGGUAUACGUGUUCCCCGUGUCCGUGUGCCUGGCGCACUCCAACAGUUGCCUCAACCCGGUGCUCUACUGCCUGAUGCGCCGCGAGUUCCGCAAGGCGCUCAAGAAACUCUUCCGCAGGAUCACCUCGCCCGCGCUCGCCACAGUCAUCAGGCCCGUCACCGGCACCACCAAGCCCGAGGCGGACGAGCGGGGGCGCGGCCGGUACGCGCGGGCGGCGCCCCGGGGGGCCCCCGUGCAGGAGCCCGCCACGGUGGUCUUCUACCCUCCGGGGGCGGCCAUGUAGAUGGAUCGGCAUCCUCCACGGGGGGCUACAAAUCAGUGAGGUGGCAAAAGGACUUAAAUUAAUGUAGAAAUGCUUGUUUAAAAAAAAGAUGAAGGGCUGAUUCAAUACGGCUACG